AUGCAGGUGAGGGCGGUCUGCUGCUCGGAGCAGCAGGUGAUGCUGCCCCUCUUCCAGAACUUCCUGUCAGAGCUGCUGCAGGCUUCAUGGGCGUUGGCCCCGGCAGUGAGGGCGCUGCGCGCGCCGACAAAAAAGGGGGGGCGGAAGAGAGAGAGCCAGCUGACACGGGGAGUGGAAGAGCUGAAGCUGGUGGGGGACCGCUUGCACUACAAGCGCCUUACAGGGACCGGCCCGGAGGAGGGUUGGGUCAGCACCAAGAUCAGCGGCAAGGAGCUGCUAUCGAAGAAGGAGGCGGCCGAUGAGCCAGCGGAAGAUGUGGGAGGGCCAGGAGAGGCCUCCGGGCCUGUUGCCUUGGACGAGGCCCUCAAGAGCAAGAUUGAGGCAGACUGCAAGGCGAAGAAAGAUGACUUCCUCUUGUACUGCAUGAAGUACAAGGUGCUGGGCUUCCCCCUGGAGAAGCCUAAGCUCCGGGUCUUGGCCUUCCACAACGCCGGCAGCGCCGAGUCCAUCUACACGGGGCCUGGCACGCCUUUCAUCCAGUGGAUCAAGGAGACCAAGCAAGUGGAGCUAAUGGCCUUCGAUUACCCUGGCCGCGACAAGUUGUUGAAGGCGACAAAGCACACCACCACCGAGACGCUGGCGCCAGAGCUGCUGGCGGUGGCUUAUGAGAAGCUGACCGACGGAGUGCCCUACAUCGUCUGGGGGCAUUCGGUGGGCACCUGGGUAGCCUUCGAGUUUCUGCAGCUCUGCAGGAAGGUGGGCCUGCCCAUGCCGCUCGCGGCCUUCCUUGUCACGUUCCCAGCGCCGCAUUAUCCGGAGGCCAAGCGUCCGUGGAGGCGAAAUGCCAAGCUGAACAAUGCCCAGAUGCAGGAGGAGGUGAAGAACUGGGACAACGUCCACUUCAGCGACGCUGGUAAGGUGGUUUUUGAAGACCCGGGCUGGAAAGACACCUGGGAGCCCAUGAUGAGGGCGGACUUCAAGCUUUUUGACGAGUACAAAUUCAAGCAUGCUGGAUGCCCCAAGUUCGACUUCCCCCUCCAUUGCUGGUGGUGUGAAAAAGAGCACUUCAUCAAGCCUGAUAUGGUGGAG